GCAGCGGCCAGGUGGUGGUGCUUAACUUUUACUGUAUGGACUCUUGCUCAGUAGCAUGGGAGAAGAGGAAGGACUACAUCAAACACAAUUACUGAGGUUACGCAUGCCAGUAGAAACUUGGGAGGAGCGAGGAGAAACUGCCUCUCCAGUAGGUGAAAUACAGCCGUUGAGAUGUUUGCUUCUGUACGAAGUGGCAGCUCCUGACUUUCAUGAAGUGUGGAGCUUAAUGGGAGCCAGGAGCUGGGAGCCUGCUUCUCUCCGAUGCCGUGACUUGUGGACCUGCUCACUCCUGGUUCCCCAGUGCCGUCUUUGACCAGUCCAUACGUUCCUGACCCCUGUUGUACCACACUGGCCAUUCUGUAACCUGGACACAAUGUUUGUGCGAGGAUUAAAGAGAAAGUGUUUUGAUGGUGAAGAAGAUAUUGAAGGAACUCUGGCUGGUAUUAAGGCUAUUCCUUCAUAUAAUCUUCAGCGACAGUCACUUUUAGAUAUGUCCUUGGUUAAACUUCAGCUGUGUCACAUGCUGGUCGAACCUAAUCUUUGUCGUUCGGUACUAAUAGCCAACACAGUACGGCAGAUCCAAGAGGAAAUGACUCAAGAUGGGACUUGGCAGAUGAUAAAUACACAGAGUACAGGGCAGGCAUCCCUGGAUCGUCUUGUUUCAACAGAUAUCCUCUGUCGUUCGUCUAGGGAACAAGCUGAGGGAAAGCAUGUUCCAGGCUAUAGUACUUUCAGUAAAGACUUUGAGGGUGACCAGGCACAAGAUAGUUCAGAAACUAUGUCAACAGCCUCUUCAGUGCAAGCCCCAAGAAACCUGCAGAGCAAUGCAUGGGAAAUGGAGAAUCCACAAGAAAAUAAAGGAAACUUUCAAAAAUCAUUAGAUCAAAUAUUUGAGACACUGGAGAAUAAAAGUCCUAAUUCUGUGGAAGAUUUAUUUUCAGAAGUUGACAAUUCUUACUACGAUCUUGAUACUAUGUUAACAGGCAUGAUGAGCAAUACAAAAAUGGGACACUGUGAUGGGCUUGAAACAUUUUCUUCAACAACUACAGCUUCUAACUCAAAUUGUAAAUCUGAUCUUAAUGAGCUUGAUCAUAUUGUGGAAAUCCUUGUUGAAUCCUGAAACUCCUUGUGUAGGAGAUAAAAAUUUGUUAAUGGGAGGAAAAGACUCAAGAAAGCUAUUUCCACAGUUUAUUCUAUGAAAUAUGUACGUGUUUUACAAAUAUCUAUAUAUUAAAAAGCACUUCAUAUUGCAAAAUAGUGUUAACUCUUAAAGUUAACCUGCAACUAGCAGUGUAAUCUGAUCUAUUGUCCACUGAACUGUAAGUACAUACAGUAACGUUUUUAAGUUUGGGGUCCAAGGCUCUUGAAAUUGGGUUUGUUUUGCCAAUCCGUUUUAGCCUUUACUGGAGCAUAUGCUCACUUGGAGUGAUUCUCUCAUCUCUUUGGUAUACAAUGGUAAUAAACAGAAGUUGGAUAACUGGUUUCCUAUUUUCCUCCGGUUUCCACUUCAUUACACCACAAAACUCCCAUCUUACCUGCUGCUUCUGUUCCAAGUUGCUACAUGGCUCUUAAAGAGCAGUAUGCAAUAGUCCUGUUGUCUUAGCUAGCUUUUUCUGU